UUUUUUUGUAAUUGCUGUAAAAAGUAGGGGUGCUGGUGCUUUAUUUCUCUGCUAAACUAUAAUAAUCCACUGGAAUUUCAGAGUGAACUCCAUGAAGACGUAGGUCUGUUCAAUAUGAACUGGUUGCUUUUCAUUUAGAGUGUCUGGUGAGACUAUGAUGAAUGCAUUGUGUUAAACUGUUGUCUCAUGUCAUUAUUCAGGUAUUGCCAUCCUAGUUGGACAGGUUGUAAACUACUUCAGCUAUAUUGGUCGUUUCGUUGAUUUCUUAAUUUAAUUUUAUGUUUGCUGCCGUUUUUAUUCUGUCAUUGCUUCUACAGUUGUACCAGACUUUUUAGAAUGCUUACCUGACUAAUGGUUUGGAUGUCUAAACUCUGAACUGCAGGUCACCCAUGUAAAGGAGCUUUUGGUCUGUUGGUGCACUAAUACGUAUAUAUUCCCUUCUUCGGUGAUUCAGGCAAGAGUUAGAUCCUCAAUUAGCCUGGUUGAAUUGGCUACAAGCCUACAAGUAAAUUGAAUGAGCACGAAGCGCCCGUGGAAAAACUGGUAGCCAAUAUUGAAACUUCCCAUAGAACUUGUAUCUGAUGGUCGUAGCCAGUCAUGGAACGUCAAUAGUUCAAACACAUUUGAACAUCCUCAGAGACUUGUAUCCAAUAGUUUAACAGGAGGUAUAGCUCUUACAACAUCUGAGGCAAGCUGGUAUGUAGUCGGACAUCAAUGAUUCAACGCGCAUUUGUACUUCCCCAAAAACUCCUGCGAGAGUCUAACAGGAGGUAUAACUAUUGCAACAUCCGCCACAAAGAUGGUUAGCUAGUUAGGCAAGUCGAUAGUCCAAGGUGCUCUGAAAUUUCCCCUUAGGCUUGUGUUGAAGGGUCUACUAAGUGGUAUAAGCAUGACAGUAUAUCUUGCAGUUGAGAUAUUAAAAGAUUUUUUGUAAGGUCAAAAGUGAAAUCCUGGUGGAUGCUUAACUGAGUUCCUCCUUUCCGAAUGGUGGCACAAGUGACAAUUUCUAAAGCUGCUCAGUUAUCAGGGAAGUAUAACCCUAUACUCGCAAAAAGGUUAUCUUCGUACUUGUGCUUGCUUUUUCUCUUCUAAAGUUCGAACGUUUCAGCCUCAGUUAUGCGUCUAAUUUUUAAUUCGUUUUAACAUCCCAUUUGUCUACAUCUUUCUUUCCAUAUUCAUGUUUUACCUGUUCUUCUAAAUUUUAGUUCUCUUUUCAGAGUAUUUCUGAUACUAGUGAAGCGUCAUGCUGAGUGUACCAAGCGUUCAACGCUUAGCAUAAACGAUGUGAUCGAAAUCAAAACAGUUCUUCAGGAGUACAUGGAGAAUGGCUGGAACUAGAUGUACCAGAGAUUGCUCGUGCCACAAGUUGACUCUGUAGCCAAUCAGGCAGGGUCUGUGGUUCAAGGUGCGUUGGAACUUCCUCAGGAACUUGUAUCCGAGGGUGUAACAGGAGUUGCAACUGUUGUAGGCCCUGUGGAAGAGCUUGUGGCCAAUCAGGGAAGUUCGUUGGUUCGAGGCACAUUGGGACUUCCCUUCGAACUUGUAUCCAAGGGUAUAAUGGGAGGUAUAACUGUCGCAAAUUCGCUAGGCAAUCAGGUACAGUCGACGGUGGACGGUGCAUUGAAACUUCCACAGUUAGGUUUAGGUGUUGUAACAUCUGUUGUAAAGCAGGCAGGCAGUCAGGCACGGUCAGCAGUUGAAGGCGCAUUGAAACUUCCACAGAUAGGUUUAAGUGUUGCAACAUCUGUUGUAAAUGAGGUAGGCAAUCAAACAAAGUCGAUAAUUAAAGGGGCAUUGAAACUUCCACAGAUAGGUUUAGGUGUUGUAACAUCUGUUGUAAAGCAGGCAGGCAGUCAGGCACGGUCCGCGGUUGAAGGCGCAUUGAAACUUCCACAGAUAGGUUUAAGUGUUGCUACAUCUGUUGUAAAUGAGGUAGGCAAUCAGACAAAGUCGAUAAUUAAAGGGGCAUUGGAACUUCCCAUGAAACUUUUAGAGGAGGGUCUAAUUGGAGGUAUAACUGUGGGAGUACAUCUUGCAGUUGAGUUCGUAAUAGACAUCUUAGAAGAAGAGACAGUGAAAGCCUGGUGGAUGCUUAACCGAGUCCCUCCUUUCCGAAUGGUGGCACAUGUGACAGUUCCUAUAUCUGCUCAGUUGUCGAAGAAAUAUAAUGAUAUUGUUACGAGCAUGUCACAGAAGAGUACCGUCUUUAGUUAUCUUCCUCUUGUUCCUGUCGACAAAAUUGCCGAGGCUUUCAAGAAGGGUGACCCAGAUUCGAAAGAGAAGUGGAUCUGAGGAUUUGGUUCGGACAUCUGAGUGUUUUUAUGUGUUUUACCUAUUUUCUAUAAAGGAAUAUUGUGACUAUUUGUCAUUUAUCAUGUGUUUCCAGUAUAAACCAAGUUUUUAUUCUAUGGGAAAAUAGAUUUGUUUCAACGGAGUUGCGAUAACCGUGUUAA